AUGGGUAAUUCGUGUAGUAGCUGUUGCUCAAACUGCUUUGGAAAGCGCAGUAGAACGGGACUUUAUGAACCCUUAUUGCAAGAGAACGAGCGUGAGGCUAUUGCUGAGCUGUUGCAAUACCUUGAAAAUCGCAGUGACACCAAUUUCUUUGAGGGAGAGCCGUUACAAGCACUUUCAACUUUGGCCUAUUCAGACAAUGUAGACUUGCAAAGAUCAGCAGCACUCGCAUUUGCAGAAAUCACCGAGAAAGAUGUGCGCCAAGUUGGCCGUGACACUUUGGACCCUAUAUUGUUCUUAUUACAGUCUCAUGAUGUCGAAGUUCAACGAGCUGCAAGCGCUGCUUUGGGAAAUCUCGCUGUAAACACUGAAAAUAAGCUUCUGAUUGUAAAGCUCGGCGGACUGGAUCAGCUUGUCCGUCAAAUGGGAUCUCCAAACGUCGAAGUCCAAUGCAACGCAGUGGGUUGCAUUACGAACCUUGCCACUCAUGAUGAAAACAAGACCAAGAUCGCAAAGUCGGAUGCUCUGCGCUUGUUGGUUGAUUUAGCAAAAUCCAAAGAUCAGAGAGUCCAGAGAAAUGCUACAGGCGCCUUACUGAACAUGACACAUACACAGGAAAAUAGGCAGCAACUAGUGAAUGCAGGCGCUAUUCCUGUACUGAUCAGCUUACUCGGCUCACCAGACGCAGAUGUCCAGUAUUACUGUACAACCGCUUUAUCCAACAUUGCAGUCGAUGGAGGCAACCGCAAGAAACUUGCUCAGACCGAUUCGCGGCUGGUACAAUAUCUCAUCGCAUUAAUGGACACCAAGAGCUUAAAAGUGCAAUGUCAAGCUGCACUUGCUUUAAGAAAUCUUGCGUCGGACGAGAAAUACCAACUGGAAAUCGUUCGUUGCAAGGGCCUUCCUCCACUCUUACGUCUAUUAAAAUCCUCCUUCUUACCACUUAUUUUAUCCUCCGUUGCAUGCAUCCGUAAUAUAUCCAUUCAUCCUGCUAACGAAUCUCCCAUCAUCGAUGGUGGUUUCGUGAAUCCUCUCAUUGAAUUAUUGGCCUACGACGACAAUGAAGAAAUUCAGUGUCAUGCCAUCUCCACUCUGCGAAAUCUUGCUGCAAGUUCCGAGCGCAAUAAACGAGCCAUUGUGGAAGCUGGUGCUGUGGAGCGUAUCAAGACACUGAUCAACAAGGUGCCUGCCAGUGUUCAGACAGAAAUGACGGCUGCUAUUGCUGUGUUGGCUCUCAGCGAUGAUUUAAAGCAAAGAUUAUUAAGCAUGGGCAUUUUGGAGGUGUUGGUGGAAUUGACAUCAAGCUCCAACAUGGAAGUGGAAGGUAACUCUGCUGCUGCUAUUGGAAAUCUUAGUUCAAAAGUCAAGGACUACACACCUUUUGUCAAGGCCUGGGACUUACCACUUGGUGGUCUCGAGAAAUUCUUGAUCCAAUUCUUAUCUGAGGAACAAGAUAUUGCGUUUCAGCAUAUCGGUGUCUGGACAAUUGAACAAUUUUUGGAUGGUGGCGAUGAACGAUUAUUAAAUUUGAUAGCAAAUUCUGACACAAUCACAGAGUCCAUCAAGCGAAUUAUCAACGAAGGACAAAAACCAAAGAUGGAAAUAGGAGAGGAGGAUGCUGAGGACGGUGAUAUAUUUGCAUUGGCUAAACGUGUCUAUAAUACCUUGCAACAAAUUAGAGAGUCUAAUGGCGCAUCCCAAAAGAAACACCGUUAA